AUUUUUAUUUCUAUUAUUGUAUUCCGGUCAUCAUCGAAAAGCUCCACCACUCCUCCCACCUGAAAUUUACAACUUUAUAUCAAAUUUUGCUGAAAAUUUUAGAGAUCUACAAGAAGAAUAUGAUAUCAGAUUAUUUUUACCUUUUAUUCACUAUCAGUUUGCUUGCCAAUAGUGCGCUUAUGGUUGUGACCCACCAAAGUUCGAAUGGGAAUAGGAUAUCCGAUGCUCCAAAGGAUCAGAUGACAGAAUCCAAAGAAUGGACGCGUGACGCAAUUCAAAAAAUGUGGUCUGAGAGGAAUCUGAUGGGUAGCACUCCAAUCCAUGUCAUAGAUCCGCCCGGAUUACCAUCUGUGAGACUGGUUUUCAAAAAUGAGUCGGCAUCAUUGACGGGCUCACUGAAGCAUCGAUAUUCAUGGUCAUUGAUGAUGUGGGCGCUUUUGGAAGGUCACGUGAAGAAUGGGACACAUGUUUUUGAAGCUUCAUCUGGAAAUACUGCAUGUUCACUGGGUUAUAUGUGUCGAUUGUUGGGAUUACAGUUCACUGCAGUGGUUCCUGACACAAUUGAGCAAGUAAAGGUGAGGCGUAUCGAGGAGCAAGAAGGAUUUGUGGUCCGUGUACCAAUUUCCGAUAGAUUGAUAAUAGCUGAACAACUAGCCAAGUCUACCGGCGGAUUCUUCAUGAAUCAGUUUAAGAAUGCCUUCCACGCGGAAGAGUUUCAUGAGAGUGGUUCUGCUUCUUCAAAGCCCUCUGCAAAUCUAAUGCAUGAGCUUUUCCAUCAGCUCAAUUCAACACCACCUUCAAUAUUUGUACAUCCCGCUGGAACCGGCGGCACAUUGUCUUCUAUAGGUAGAUAUGCUAAGAAAUAUGGUCUCGACACGGAGAUUGUGUUGGCAGACACACAGUACUCAAUUUACUAUGAUUAUGUGUUGAAUGGAACUUUUUCUAAAAACACUGGAGCCCAUCACUGGGUGGCACCUGGAAUGGCUGGAAUCGGAUAUGGAGCGAUGGGUCCCGCGCAGAUAGCAGAGACCACAAGCCUGGAUCCUGCUGUGAUCGAUCGUGUCCUCAAAAUCCCUGAUCUCGCGAGCACGGCAGCUAUGAAAGUGGCACGGGAUGUUGGGAUCAAUGGAGGAACAAGUACAGGAGUCAAUUUCCUAGCUGCUCUUCAUAUCGGUGCUCUGAUUCGUGCUCAAAACCCGAAGAAUCAAGAAAUUUUCACAAUCGCGACGAUCCUAGCAGACUCUGGAAAAUAUUACGAAACGACGUAUUUCAAUCGGAAAUGGAUAUCUGAAAAGUUCAAGACCCACGGUGGAUUGCCGGUUUAUGACUGCUGGCUUCAAGUUAUUCAGGAUUGCUGGAUCAGUGGCAAAGAUCCGUUGGAUAUUGGACGAAAAAUGUGUUAAAUCUAUAUAUUUAAUUCUAAUUUAAAAACAAAAAACAACAAAUAAAAAGCUUAAUUAGUGG